UUAGCAGGAAUCGUCACCAUUGGCCUAGGACUUUGGCUACUCUUCGAUCCGGUAGCAUCAAAUUUCUUUGCUCUUCAUGCAGCUCAUCAAGCAGCAUACACGGCUUACAAUAAACAAGAAACCAUCAGACAGUACAUCGAAAGCAGUAUGUACGACACAAUCCGGAAUCGCUACGCAUCCGAUGAAAAAUAUAGAUCCGCGUUUGACACGAUACAACAAGAGUUCGAAUGCUGUGGUGUAAAAACGUAUGCAGAUUGGUUAGGAGCUAGUUGGGAUCGACGAGUGCCUACAUCGUGCUGUAACCUUCAUGGUAUGGACACAUAUCCAACAAAUUGCGGUGUCUCCUUCACACAGGCUCCGCUAGAAACAUAUGCUGAUUUUCUGCACCCAAAGGGCUGCGCAGACGCGCUUUACGACUCUAUUUACCGCAAUUUAGACAUCGCCAUCGCUAUCAGUGUGAUUGUUGGUGCACUUCAACUGCUUGGAAUGAUUCUUUCAAUGAUUCUCUGUUGCUGUAUCAGUACUCAAGACAAGAAAUACGAUUACUAA